AAACUUUAUUUUUAUUUCACUAGUUUUUCCCAAAUUCCUUUUCCUGUUUUAAGAUCCCGUUUAGGAUACCACAUUACAUGUAGUUGCCAUGUGUCCUUAGCCUCCUCUGGGUUAUGAUAGUUUCUCAGACUUUCCCUGUUUUUCUUAACCUUGACAGUUCUGAGGUGUGUUAGUCAGGUAUUUUGUAGAAUGUCCCUCAGUUUGGGUUUGUCUCAUGUUUUGGGAAGGAAGACCAUAGAGGUGAAGUGACAUGAGUCUCAUCACAUCAUGUCAAGACUCUAUGCUAUCAACAUGACUUAACAUUGAUGAUGUUAACCUUGAUCACAUGGUUAAGGUACCGUUUUUCAGUUUCCUCCAUUAUAAUGUUACUCUCCAUCCCCCACCUGACUCUUUGGAAACAGGUCACUAAGCUCAGCUGUCACUCUGGUGUCUUUACAACUAGUGGUUGUAAUUGCUUCUGCCCUCAAAGCUAGUAAAACAACUGGGUUCUCCACAGUUAUGUCCAACUUUAUUCACCACGAAUAUUGGGAUAUAGACAAAAAUCGAGAACUUCUAGCCUAGGAAUAAGACACAAACCUCUCAGAGUAGAAUAUGGUCUAUGGCUCUCUUUUUAACUUUUUCUUCCAUUUUCCACGCAGAGCCAUAACACUAGCACUUGGCUCUCUCAGUAUUCCUCAGUUAUUGGCUCCUGUUUUCUCUACCUGGAAUGCACGGGUCCCAUUCCUGGCUCCAUCACCUCAUUAUCCGAUAUCGUGGGAAUUGUUUAGAAUGUUUUAGAAUUAUUGUGUUUAUAGCAUACAUACUUGAGAGACACGUGAUAGAUGUUUUGCCCAAAUUGACAACAGUCCUAAAAGUUUACAUGACUGUACCAAUAAUAAGUGAAGAUGGGAGAAAAAAAACACACACACACUUUUUCCAUACUAUCAGGAAAAAAAGUUAUCAUUAUGCUAGAGGAAUGACUAAAUUAUCUCUGUGUUCUCUUUAUAGAAAAAUAUAUUAUAGAAUUAUCAUAGAAUAGGUAAUUGAACAUUAUACAGCCAAAACUGUAAAAAGAAAAGUAUUAGGGAGGUGUGUCAGAUAGUUCAUAAGUAUGUUAUAUUAUUUUUCCAAGUUAUGUAUUAUUGCCAUAUUUGUUAGCUUUAAAAAAUUGAUGGAAGUCUGUGGGAGCCCGUGGCCUUUAAAGUGCAGUUCAGUCCUUUCCUCCAGGGGUGGUUUGUAAACACCGCUGAGCUUGGGUCUCCCCAGCGACCGAAAGAAGCAUGAACUAGUGACCUGGAAAGGGAUACUUAGAUGGAAACUUGAGAAGCACUGCUUACUUGAUUAGAGUUGAGGGAUUCCUGGCAGAAGAGUAAAUAAAGCUCAUGGCCCACCAGGUAGAAAGUAUCCUUGCCAUGAAAAAGAGGACAUGAUAAGUUGUACACCUUAUGAAAUUCAAGUUACAUGUGAAUUCUGCCAGGCAAUACAAGGACCUGUGGAAUAUGAGUGAUGACAAACCCUUUCUAUGUACUGCCCCUGGAUGUGGCCAGCGUUUUACCAACGAGGAUCAUUUGGCUGUCCGUAAACAUAAACAUGAGAUGACACUGAAAUUUGGUCCAGCACGUAAUGACAGUGUCAUUGUGGCUGAUCAGACCCCAACACCAACAAGAUUCUUGAAAAACUGUGAAGAAGUGGGUUUGUUUAAUGAGUUGGCAAGUCCAUUUGAGAAUGAAUUCAAGAAAGCCUCAGAAGAUGACAUUAAAAAAAUGCCUCUAGAUUUAUCUCCUCUUGCAACACCCAUCGUAAGAAGCAAAAUUGAGGAGCCCUCUGUUGUAGAAACAACUCACCAGGAUAGUCCUUUACCUCACCCAGAGUCUACUACCAGUGAUGAGAAGGAAGUACCAUUGACACAAACUGCACAGCCCACAUCAGCUAUCAUUCGUCCAGCAUCAUUACAGGUUCCCAAUGUGCUGCUUACAAGUUCUGACUCAAGUGUAAUUAUUCAGCAGGCAGUACCUUCACCAACCUCAAGUACUGUAAUCACACAGGCACCGUCCUCCAACAGGCCAGUCGUUCCUAUACCAGGCCCAUUUCCUCUUCUGUUACAUCUUCCUAAUGGACAAACCAUGCCUGUUGCUAUUCCUGCAUCAAUUACAAGUCUGCAUGUGCAUGUUCCAGCUGCAGUCCCACUUGUUUGACCAGUCACCAUGGUGCCUAGUGUUCCGGGAAUUCCAGGUCCUUCCUCUCCUCAACCAGUACAGUCAGAAGCAAAAAUGAGAUUAAAAGCUACUUUGACCCAGCAACAUCCACCAGUUACCAGUGGCGAUACUGUCAAAGGUCAUGGUAGCGGACUGGUUAGGACUCAAUCAGAGGAAUCUCAACCACAGUCAUUACAACAGCCAGCCACAUCCACUGCAGAAACUCCGGCUUCUCCAGCUCACACAACUCCACAGACCCAAAAUACAACUGGUCGUCGAAGAAGAGCAGCUAAUGAAGAUCCUGAUGAAAAAAGAAGGAAGUUUCUGGAAAGAAAUAGAGCAACAGCUUCAAGAUGCAGACAAAAAAGAAAAGUCUGGGUUCAAUCUUUAGAAAAGAAAGCAGAAGACUUGAGUUCAUUAAAUGGUCAACUGCAGAGUGAAGUCACCCUGCUGAGAAAUGAAGUGGCACAGCUGAAACAGCUUCUUCUGGCUCAUAAAGAUUGCCCUGUAACCGCCAUGCAGAAGAAAUCUGGCUAUCAUACUGCUGAUAAAGAUGAUAGUUCAGAAGACCUGUCAGUGCCGAGUAGUCCACAUACUGAAGCUAUACAGCAUAGUUCUGUCAGCACAUCCAGUGGAGUCAGUUCAACUUCCAAGGCAGAAGCUGUAGCCACUUCAGUCCUCACGCAGAUGGCGGACCAGAGUAUAGAGCCUGCACUUUCACAGACUGUCAUGGCUCCUUCCUCCCAGUUACAGCCCUCAGGAAGUUGAUGAAAAACCUCAGUGCAGCAGUUUUAGAUACUCAUUAGUGACUUCAAAGGGAAAUCAAGGAAAGACCAGUUUCCAUUUAUGCGAAGUCUGUGGUUGUAAAUUUUUUUUUUUACUUGAAGUUAAAU